AGAUCUUUUUUAGAAAUGUUUCAAUGCAAAGCUUGUCAAGCCAAAUUAGUUAAUCCGGUUCGAGUAAAUUGUCUUAAAUGUAAAGAUGUAAUUCUAUGUGUCACCUGUUUUUCCAACGGUGAAGAAGUUGGUGAUCAUAAAAAUUAUCAUAACUAUCAAGUAUUGGAACAAUUUUCUUUUCCUUUAUUUACGGAGGAUUGGGUAGCAGAUGAAGAAGAAUUAUUGAUAGAAGGCAUGCAAAUGCAUGGAAUGGGUAAUUGGGAAGACGUUUCAGGAUUUGUUAAAACAAAAUCAAAAGAAGAAUGUGAAAAACAUUACAAGGAAAUCUAUUAUAAUAGCGAUAAAUGGCCAUUACCAAAAAUUGAGAAUGCUGAUAUAAAAUUCAAUGUUGAUGAAGAAUCAAUACGAGAAAGGAAACGACGUCGUUAUGAGAUGAUGGAUAUUCCUAGAAAGUUAAAGGUGACAGUUUUGGAAAUAUAUAAUAAAAAAUUAGAUAAACGAGCAGAUAGAAAAAGAUUAAUAUUUGAACAUGAUUUAAUAAAUUAUAAAAAUAAUAAAACUUUUGAGGAAGAGAACUAUAAAACCAAAGAAGAAAAAGAAUUUGCAAAUAGGAUUAAACCAUUCACACAACUAUUAUGUAAAAAAGAUUACACUACAUUUAGAGACGAUUUAGAGGAUGGAAUAAAAGCAAAAAUAGAAAAAAGAUUAGAGUAUCGUAAAAUGGGAAUAAAGACUCAUUCAGAAUCAUCGAGAUAUGAAAGACGAAAAUUACAAAAAGAAAUAAAUCGUGAACUUGCUGCACAGCCACAUACUGGACAUUUAACAAAUGUUUCAGGCAGUGAUAGAUUAGCUGCUCGAUAUGUAUCUAAAGUGUCGCCUGUACGAUUUAAUGAGGUAUUGAUCUAUUCAACAAAAGCAACACCAGCAAAAAAACACGUACGUUCUCACACUGGAGUCCUAAGAAAAGAGCUUUUAACAGCAGAAAAAAAUUAUCCAAUUACUUGUCUUAAUUUAUGGGAAAAAUAUUCUGUUCAAGAAUCAAAUGAUAAAGAAAGCUUCCAAAAAGCAUUUAUCAAUCAUGUAACAACUACACUUGCUAGAUCCAUUUAUAAUGUUGACGAUUUUAGUGCUUAUCAAGCAACUGCUCACACAGAUACAUUGAUUAAGCGUUGGAAUUAUACCCAACAGAGACAUACUGAGGUUGAUCCUAAGCGUGUUUAUUAUUUAUCAUUGGAAUUCUUGUUGGGUCGAUCAUUGGACAAUGCUCUUCUUAAUUUAAGAGUAAAAGAUGUUUGUGGAGAGGGAAUAAAAGAAUUAGGUUUUAGUAUGGAGGAUGUUCUUGAUCAAGAAGUUGAUGCUGCACUUGGUAAUGGAGGUCUAGGCCGUCUGGCUGCUUGUUAUAUGGAUUCUUUAGCCACUUUAAAUAUUCCAGCCUGGGGGUAUGGUCUUCGUUACACUUAUGGUAUUUUUCAACAAAGAUUAAAGGAUGGACAUCAAGUAGAAUUCCCUGAUUAUUGGUUAAAUUUUGAUAACCCUUGGGAAUUGCCACGUCUUGAUGUUGUAGUUGAUGUUAAAUUUGGUGGAUCUGUUAAUAAAUAUACUGAUAAAAAUGGCUGUGAAAGAUAUUCCUGGGAGGGUUCUGACACUGUAGAAGCUGUUGCCUACGAUGUUCCCAUUCCAGGUAAUAGAAUAUUUAAAGAAAUUAUAUUUAAAUUUAGUAAACCUAAACGUCAAUUUGAUCUUAAAUAUUUCAAUGAGGGAGAAUAUGAGAAAGCUGUGCAAGAACAAAAACAAGCCGAAAAUAUAACUGCAGUGUUAUAUCCUAAUGAUAAUCACAUGGUUGGAAAAGAAUUACGUCUUAAACAACAAUAUUUCUGGGUUGCUGCAAGUCUUCAUGACAUUGUUCGCCGGUUUAAAAAAUCAGAGAGACCAUGGAACACUCAUCCAACUCUAGCAAUUGUUGAACUUCAAAGAAUUUUAGUUGAUAUUGAAAAACUUGAUUGGGAUGAAGCAUGGGAAAUUGUUACCAAAACAUUUGCUUUUACAAAUCACACUAUACUUCCUGAAGCUAUGGAGAAAUGGCCAGUUCCUAUGGUUUCAUAUAUUUUACCAAGACAUAUGCAAAUAAUAUUUGAUUUAAAUCUUUUCUUUUUACAAAAAGUUGAAAAAAAAUAUCCAAAAGAACGAGAUCUUUUAGCCAAAUUAUCAAUUAUUGAAGAAGCAUCUCCACAAUUUGUCAGAAUGGCACAUCUUGCUAUUGUUGGUUCACAUCGUGUUAAUGGAGUUGCUGAACUUCAUUCAAGAUUAAUUAAGGAAACGACAAAUUUGAAAACAAGACCAAUGGUAUUACUCCUCGCAGGUACUCAUUUGUUAAUUCAUGGAUGGUUACAUCAAGCAAAUCCUAAAUUAAGUGAUUUGAUAACAGAAACAUUGCAAACUAAAGAAUGGUUAAAAGAUUUAUUCAUAUUAAAAAAUUUAACAAAAUAUGCUGAUAAUCCAGAUUUCAAGAAAAAAUGGAAAGCUAUCAAACAUUCAAAUAAGGUGCGUUUGGCUGACUAUAUUAAAACACAUACUAACAUAAUAGUAAAUCCAAAUGCCUUAUUUGAUGUUCAAGUAAAAAGAAUUCAUGAAUAUAAAAGACAGUUUAUGAAUAUUUUGGGUGUUAUUCAUCGUUAUAAUGCUUUGAAAAAAUUGAGUGCUGAUGAAAUUUCAAAUGUUGUCCAUCGUGUUGUUAUAUUUGGUGGUAAAGCUGCUCCUGGUUAUUAUAUUGCUAAAUUAGUAAUAAAAUUGAUAAACAGUGUUGCAGAAGUUGUUAAUAAUGAUGAAAGUAUUUAUGAUUCUUUGAAAGUUGUUUUUAUACCAGAUUACAAUGUAUCAGUUGCAGAAAUUAUUAUUCCAGCUUCAGACAUUUCACAACAUAUUUCAACAGCUGGUACAGAAGCUUCUGGUACAAGCAAUAUGAAAUUUGUGUUGAAUGGUGGUUUGAUUCUUGGAACAGUUGAUGGUGCUAAUGUUGAAAUUCACCAAGAAAUUGGCGAUGAAAAUAUUUUCAUGUUUGGAAAUUUGGCUGAUGCUGUUGAUGAUUUAAGACAUGCUCAUAGAUAUCGAAAUGUCGAGAUGGAUCCAAAACUAAAAGAAGUUUUAACAAGUAUCGAAUCUGGACAAUUUGGUGAUCCAAGAAUAUUUUCUCCAUUAAUCAAUACAUUAACAAUAGGCAAAGAUUAUUAUUUAGUUUCCGAUGAUUUUGGAUCAUAUCUUCGAUCACAACAAAUGAUUGAUGAAGCUUAUAAAGAUCAAGAUGAAUGGAUAAAGAAAAGUAUUUUUUGUACUGCUCUUAUGGGCAAAUUUUCUUCUGAUCGUGCUAUUCAAGAAUAUGCAGAUAUAGAAAUUUUCGACAUAGAUGAACUAGCACAGGGUCAUCCGGUGCAUACAAAACACGAGGUCUCAGAGCCUCUUGAGGCCAGUUCAAAUAUACGGAUCUUAUCGAUAUUAUAUGAUGUUGAAGGUGAGUCAGAGGUUGGGGAAAGCAGUAGGGGUCUUGGAAGAGGAGGUGAUAUUGGAGGUGCCAGUGACGUUGGGGGAGGCGGUGCUGGUGACGUUGGGUCCUUUCUUAUUGCUAUAUCUCGAAAGCUUUAUGUUCUAAAAGAGAAAUAA